AUGGCAUCGGCAAAGAUUACAUUCGAAGAGGCGCGAGACUGUGAGGAAACCGUCUUCGAACGGGCCCAGACGGAUCGAACCAUGAGCGCCGCCACAUUUGUCGACAUGAUCUCCAGGUCUGGGUUCUUGGGCGACCCAUUGCUCCGCACGCAGCAUCUCAUCGGGGCCACCAAGUGGCGGAAGGUGGAUGACCAUCGCAUCGAGGGAUGCCAUCAAAAGCUGAUCAAGGUGAAGAGCCACGGGACGGCCACCAUCACGUACGUUCAGGUGGAGUCCUAG